AAGGCAGAAUGCAGUGUCAUGAUCCAGGAUACAAACCCUGCAGCAUAUUUCGACUCGAGCACAGCUAAAGCGAAGACGGAGGUGUCAAAGCAGUUGCUCCUACUUCUGAACCGUUUAUCCUUUUACCACUGUGUAUUCGUUAAUCCGCUAAACAGGCUCUGGGGAUCCGGAGAGUCUCGAUGGGAUUUGCGUAUACACACGGUUGGAUUUUCAGGAAGCACGGAGUCUACACUUUGGCACUACCAACACGUGGGAGUUGAGCGGCUACCUGAAGAGUCGAGUGGAGAGCGAUGGAUAAUCCUUUAUUUGGGAUCGACUGGUCGAAGCAAAUUAUUCCCAAGGCUCGGCUGUCACUAAGACGGGACCCCCGUGGAGCCGUCGUCUUCUUCUACUUGUGUACGCGUCUCGUACCAGAUCGUCGACGAUCCGGCCGAGACAAUCCGACGAUCCUUUCCAGCUUUGCGAGCGACGCGAGUUUAACCCUGAAGCGCCAAUUUCCGGUUUCCCGAUCAAGACAGUGGAGCAGAGUGUGCAGCCGGGAUCCAGCCUUCUGGAGACGCUGCUACGGCACGGGAAGGACGCCCUGAUCGACGGAUACGUCGGACCGGGAUAUGGGAAGGCUGUGACGUCACCCAGGGUUUUGUCCCAGACUCCCGGAUACGCGCCGACACCCGGGGACAAGGCUUCUCCGAUUGUUAACGGGAGUGAUAACGCUUCUCAAGAGAGAUUUCGCCGCUCUGUUCCGGACGUUGUUCCCGUUGGUUACGCUCAGGGUUAUCAACCGUUUUCGGCGCAGCCAUCGACCGAUUCUUGCACCACCGCGAUGGUCGACCCCGUUCCCCCCGUCCAGCAGACCGGAUAUCACGCUUCGGCCUUCGCGAAUAACAACAACGUCGACAACGUCAAUCCGACCGAGACCAGCGAGUAUGGAGAGGAUCAGACCAAGCGGCAGGUCGAUUAUCCUUGGAUGAAGUCCGGCUAUGCAAACGCUGACGUAAGCGGGGCCGGUCACAAGCGUACGAGACAGACGUACACGCGUUUCCAAACCCUGGAACUGGAGAAGGAGUUUCACUUCAACCGCUACCUGACUCGAAGACGGCGUAUCGAGAUCGCUCACGCGCUCUGCCUGACGGAACGGCAGAUAAAAAUCUGGUUCCAGAACAGACGGAUGAAGGCCAAGAAGGACGGCAAGGUCCGUUACAGCCCCAUAGAAUCCGGAACCCUCGAAGAAUCCCCCAACCAACCGGACGCCCUGCUGAUGACGAACGCCACGCCGACGACGAUGAUGCUGCGGAGCAAUUCCGCGCCCUCGACCUCCCAGCAGUCGCUGCUCCACCGGCAAGGCCCUCACCCUCAUCCUCCUCCGCUUCCUCCUCCUCCUCAACAACAGCAACAGCAACAGCAGCAUCUGCACGCGGCUUACUUGAGCAGCUAUCACAAUCAGCACCAGCAUCAUCACCAACACCGGCACCAGGGUUCGUACGGAAAUCAGCAGGCGCUUCUUCAGCAACAGCAGCAGCAGCAGCAGCAGCAUCACCAGCAUCACCAGCAGCAGGAGUUCAGCCACGAACAGCAAAGUUACGGUCAGAACAGACUCGAUCUUCACGCUGCUACCCCCCCUGGCGGGCUGCCCCCACCCGAGACCGAUGCUGCGCACCCCUCUCCACCCUUGUCACGUCGGGUAGCGGAGAACGGGGUUGAAGAAUCCUCGGCGGCGGCAAGAGAGACCAAUCAAGGUUUGACGGACGACUGGGAUUGGUCGCUGGCUCUGACACGCAGCGCGGCACGUGACAGCGCUACCGCACCGGCCCCCGAGAUCACGGCUCAGUACGAUACGACCGCCCUUCGCGCACGCAACGCACCUAGAUAUCGGACGGGACCGCGUAGCGUUAACCGCAACGCAGCGAAACAACGCCUGCGAAUCCACGGUACACCGCUCCUGGUCCUCGUCCUGGACGGUCGCGACUCUCCGCCGGGGUUCGAUAGUAUUGAACCCCAGUGUUUGUAUCACCGUUCGUGUCAAUGUUCGUCUGAGGGACAAGAUACAAGAAAAAGCCCCCCAGUCAAAUUCCUCCGGGCACACGAAAUCCAAGGGCGGAAAAAAAAAACAAACAAACAAACAAACGAGAAACGGAACAAAUCGCUGCAAACUUCCGCCGCGACAGUUUUCGUCGUUCGCUUCCUUCACCAAAGUGCGCCGCUAGCCGAGAUGAGCUCUUAUCAAUUCGUCAAUUCUCUCGCGUCCUGCUACGCCGGACAGCAACCUCAGCAGCCACCGAGACCGACUCCAAACUCACCGGGCGAACCGAUGCAGGCCGCUUCGCCGGCGGGUGGCGAUUACUACAAUCCGAACGCCGCCGCGACGAGUUACCCGCCCACGUGCUACUCUCCGCAGCAACACUACCCCCAGCAUCCGUACGCCACCCCGGCCGCAGCGAUGCAGCAUCCCGCCCCAACGGGGAUGAUAGACUACACGCAGCUACAGCCGCAACCGCGGCUGAACGCGACCGCGACUUCCCAGCAGCAGCACAUGCACCCCCAGCAGCAGCCCCACCACCCCCAACAGCAACACCAUCCUCAGCAGCAGCAACUCCACCCGGACCCGACGUCCCCGCUUCUCCAGGGUGCUCCAGCCCCCGCCGCACCCUCGGCGGCUAGCUGCAAGUACGCGGACUCGACCUCCUCGACUAGCGUUGCCUCUCCCCAGGACCUGAGCACCUCCACCUCCCGGAACAGCCCCGCACCCCUGGUCGCCCCCGGGACCAGCAAGACUUCGGGCCUCACCUCGCCACCGGGGAGUUCUUCGAGGUCGUCGGUCGCCGCCUCCGCGGCCUCGCCUCCCGGAGGCAGUUCGAGGGGCGUCGGGGGCGAGGGAACCUCCACGUUGACCACGGCCUCGUCGGCCUCCUCACCGGCUUCCUCGACAUCGAGCACCUCCAGCACAGGCAACAACUCGUCGAACAAGGGAAACGCCAGUGGUGGUAAUCCACCCCAAAUCUACCCGUGGAUGAAACGGGUUCACAUUGGACAGAGCACGGUGAACGCGAACGGUGAAACGAAACGACAGAGGACCUCAUACACGAGGUAUCAGACCUUGGAGCUCGAAAAGGAGUUCCACUUCAAUCGGUAUCUGACAAGGAGACGGCGUAUCGAGAUCGCGCACGCGCUCUGCCUUACGGAGAGGCAGAUAAAGAUCUGGUUUCAAAACAGAAGAAUGAAGUGGAAGAAGGAGCACAAAAUGGCGAGCAUGAACAUAGUCCCGUACCACAUGUCGCCUUACGGCCACCCCUACCAGUUCGCUCCGCACCCGGGACAGUUUGCCCAUUUGGCCACAUAGGACGAAUUCUCGCCCGCCGAGCUUGGAGCACACGCGGUCCGGUUCCCCGGGAUGUACGGCGAGCAGAACUUUUAGAGCUUUUCCUUCAUUUUUUCCACGACUAUCGCGAUGUCCGCUGGUCUCCUCCGGCGACGGAGCUUUAAAAGCUCGCCGCCGGGGCGGACGGGCGGAAUUUUGCAUCUCUGCGUGCGAUUUUCCCGCGUCGCGUUACGACGGGGGCGCAUCGGAAAAUUUGGUGCCCGCGUCUAAUGGGCCGCGCGGUUAUUUGCCGAUGGAAAAAGAAGCCGAAAAUUCUGUCUCAAAAUGAACACAAAAAAAAAAAAAAGAAAACAACAACAUGUUGAUAACGCCGUUAUUUCCGGUUGAUAAUUGACUGGACGCGCUCCGAGUACGUGUAAAGGAUUCUCGUGUUAUACGAGUGAAAUGAUCGUUUCACUUGUACGGUUAUGUUACAUAACGCAAAGAGUUCCAAUUUAGCGGGCGAGGUAAUCGAAUACUAAUAUAAAUAUAUAUAUAUAUAUUUAAAUAUAAGAGUAGAAAUUAGCAAUAUAAUUAAAUAACUACCCAAAACUUUCCAGCUGCUCACUGCUUUUUAUCACCGCGUUAAAUUCAUCCAAGAAAUUGAAUUCUUUUCGAUUGUUACACUUUUCGUUUCUGUCUAUUAUUGUUAUUAGCGUUUUUUAUUUAUUUCUUUUUUUUUUCAUUUCUUUUCUUCCCCACGUCUUCGGCUUAGACGAUGAUGAUCCUUGCGGGCGAGGUUCCGGUAGUAACUUAUCCUGCAAAGAAACGCGAAAAUGUUAUAUAAGGAAUAUAAAUACAAAACUAUAAUUGAUAGACAAGUGCAAAAGAAAAAAAUACGCGAAAUGCAAAGAAGAAUUGUAUAAAAGGAAUAACUUUUAGACGCUCGGCGGUGUUUUUAAUAAUAAUAGUAAUAGCAAAGUUGAGGAAAAAAGAAAAAUAAAAAAAAAAAAAAAAAAAAACAACGACAGAUAGAAAGUGUAAAAAAAGAGGAUAAUAUGGAGGGAAGAAGCA